GCGGACAGAGCGGCCCUUCCUCCGGGGUGAGGGGAAGCGGACGGAUCUCCGCGGAUAUCUGCUCAUCACAGCCUCGGUACAGCCCACAGUAGUGUCCACGCUCCCAUCAGAGAGACCGUCCUCCUCUUCUGUUCUGCCCGCUCCGAGAGGCACCGCGGCGGAGACAUGUCCGGGAUCCUGGCCUGGUUCUGGAACGAGAGGUUCUGGCUGCCUCACAACGUGACCUGGGCUGACUUAAAGAACACAGAGGAAGCAACCUUCCCGCAAGCCGAAGACCUGUAUCUGGCGUGUCCUUUAGCUUUCUGCAUCUUUAUGAUCCGGCUCGUGUUCGAACGGUUCAUUGCAAGACCAUGUGCGAUGGGCCUGAAGAUCCAGGCUAAUGGCCCUCAGAAGGCGCAGCCCAAUGCCAUCCUGGAGAAAGUCUUCACUGCUAUUACCAAGCACCCUGAUGAGAAGAGGCUGGAGGGCUUAUCCAAGCAGUUGGAUUGGGACGUACGGACUAUCCAACGCUGGUUCCGACAACGCCGUAACCAGGAGAAGCCCAGUACUCUUACCCGAUUUUGUGAAAGCAUGUGGAGGUUCACGUUCUAUCUUUACAUAUUCACCUACGGAGUCCGUUUUCUUAAAAAGACGCCGUGGCUCUGGAACACUAAAGAAUGCUGGUACAACUAUCCCUACCAGCCAUUGACAGUGGACAUCCAUUACUACUAUAUUCUGGAGUUGUCGUUCUACCUGUCUCUACUCUUUUCUCAAUUCACAGACAUAAGGAGGAAGGACUUCCCCAUCAUGUUGGUGCACCACGCGGCCACCAUCUCCCUCAUCACCUUCUCCUACGUCAACAACAUGGCGCGGGUGGGCACGCUAGUCAUGUGUCUGCACGAUGCUGCUGAUGUGCUCAUAGAGGCUGCCAAAAUGGCCAACUAUGCGAAGUGCCAAAUCUUGUGCAACCUUCUGUUUGCCAUGUUCGCCAUCCUCUUCAUCAGCUCCAGACUGGGAGUUUACCCCGUCUGGAUUCUUAACACCACUUUGUUUGAGAGCUGGGAGAUCGUGGGGCCGUACCCGUCCUGGUGGCUCUUUAACCUGCUGCUCCUCCUGCUGCAGCUGCUCCACUCCUUCUGGUCCUACCUCAUCGUGCGAACAGCCUGCAGAGCCAUCUCCAAAGGAAAGGUGGGAAAGUGGAAUCCGCUACAUGUGUCUAAAGACGACCGCAGCGACAUUGAGUCCAGCUCGGAUGAAGACGAAAGCCCUCCUCUUCCUCCUCCUUCGGCCAAUCAGAGGCACCACAGCAGCGCCACCAACGGCACCAACAAGAGCCACGGUACCAACGGCUACCUGACGGGGGCGCUGUAUCCCGAUGAACACUGACCUGUGGAGAGCACUGCACUGGAGCCAUGCUACAGACACCUUCCAUUGUUUGUAUGUGUGUGAAUGAGUGAAUGAUGUGAAGAGCAUUGCCUGUUUGCUAUGGGAAUAUUGGGGUGAAAAGGCUAAGGAGUCCUCUUUGCAUUUAAAGAUGAAGUGGGUGUAAACACGUACUAUCUAUGUCUGAUGGGUAGAAAGACCUUAAAAGAACCAUACUUGCAUCACAAAUUAGGAGAAAACUGCAUUAACGAAUAGAUUUUUAAGUCAUUUGUCAAGUAUCACGAUUAUUUAUUUCUUUUUUUUUUUUUCAAAAUUCAGAAAAAAUAAACUGGCCAUAAAAGCAAAGUGGUCAGAGGAUCCAAAAAUCUAGACAAAUGAAAUAAAUUUAAACUAAGUACUUCAAUAAAUCUAAGUAGCAUUAUCACUAUAUAAAGAUUUCAAUGUCUAUUUUAAUACCAAAAAAAAGCCUCUUUGAUACCACAAUACUAAAAGAAUGCAAAUUUCAACACUAAAUAGUAAUCGUUUCUUUAAUAUUUUUAUGGUGGCUUUAUAUUAGUUCCAGUAUAGAUCUGUACCAUUUAAAACUAAUCAGAAGUAAGUCCAACUUUCUCCUAUUUGGGAUUUUGUGUCAGUAUCUCUACUUCUCCACUAAACUACUCGUAAGACGGUAAAUAUUUUAAAUUCAUUCGUUUUAACCAAUGUUUUUGCAGUCAAGUCAAAACCCAAUUACAACCACACCAGUCCCAAGGCAGUCAUAGGGCAACGAGGAACUAUAACACUGUAAUAUGUCCCGUGAUGUAAGGAGCAUGAGUAAAAUUAAACACUAUGAGUCAAAGGGAAAACAAGACAUGGGCAUUGUUAAAAUUCAGUGGAUUCACCUCAAAGCAAUAACUAGCAUUCAUUUUCUUCAACAACAACAGACUGGUUCAAUUAUUUAAGUGUUUCAUUGAUCUCACUACAGAAUUUUAAUCAAUUUUUGGUAAACAGACUAGACAUUGUUCUGUUUUCAUUGCACAAACCCUUUGCAGAACACUCAGGUGCACAAUACACAUAAAAAUCAAUUGGCUUUUUCUCUGUCUUAAUUGAAUAAGUCUCGCUUUAACAUAACGCCAAACACUUAUGAUUAACUAAAGGCACUGUACCUGAUUUUUACUAUUUUUAGUAUCUUAAAACAGAACUAGUUCACUUUUAACAUUUUGCAGUGGUACGAAGUUAUUCCUCACUUAUCGUAUACACUCCUGGCAUCCUAAUAAUUCACAGCAAUGAAUUUAUAAGCACUUUUCAUAACUUUGAGGCCAGAGCAGAGGUUUGCCUCAAAGGUAAAGCUAACACUAGCAUGCUAAUGUGCACUUCCUAAUUAUCGGACAGUAAAAAUGCUUUCAAUUUGGGUGCAGACAGAACGCAGUGGAUUUAUUUUGUCCUCAACAGAUGCUUAGACAAUAUAUCUAUACAAAUUUGGCUCAAAUACAUGGGAAAAAUCAGCUACAGGAUCGUUUUAAAAAGAAAUUGGUCAUGAGGUUCAGUAUUGCCCGAUUAUCACUGCCCGUCUUCAAUGAUUAAACUUUGGCUAAACUUCUAAAACGACCCAAAUCAGAUGGAAAAUGUUAAAGAGGCAAGCCUUAGUUAUUUCACCCCAAUGUAUGUUACAGUUUUCUAAUGAGUUCUGUUUUUCUUUAUAAUUUCUGUCAUAUUUAUUGAUAUGUGCAUCUCAUUCAGAUUAGCCACUUCAUGGUGUUAGCACUUGGCAUGCUACGUACCGCUACAUACUGUCAACGGGCACGCUAGCCGAGGGUACGAUUUCUUAUGUUUGUCUCAAUAUUGUUAUGUUAUUUAUUUUUUAUAAUGAUAUAUUUGCCAAUGGUAGUCAAACCGCUAUUUUGACGUCAGUGUUGAAUGAUCUUUUAAUUACAGACACAUUUCGAGUAUUUCAAAAGUGCUGAUCAGUACUGGGUUUGCGUUGACCGCCACACCCCACAAAUAUAUGCCAAAAAGUGACGAUGUCUCACUCACGAUUAAUGUACGGAGAUUGUUUUUCGAUUCCAUGUCACACUAGUAUGAGAUGUCAAUAACAGUAUUACAUGUUUGGAUCACUAUGGCUAGAUGCUGUAUUCCCUUUUCUGAGCGAUUUGUUAAGUAUUCUUGUACAUUUCUGGUAUGAGCAUUUCAUUAAAAAGGUCAUUUGUUAUGAUGCAA